AUGAAUAUUAUUUCUUGGAAUGUUAGAGGUGCUGGUAAAGAUAGGUGUGCUAGUAGUAUUAAGGACCUAAAAAAGGCUUAUGCCAUUGAUGUGUUUGCUAUUCUCGAGCCUCGUAUUAGUGGCCCUAGGGCUCUCACUGUUGCCCAGAGUUUGGGUUUUUCUCAUUACCAUAUUGUUGAUGCUUCUGGUUUUUCUGGGGGUGUUUGGUUGUUAUGGAAUGGGAAUUCAGUUUCUCUUCAAGUUGUUGCGCACUCUAGCCAAUCUAUCACUGCGUUAGUAACUUUGAGGAAUCAUAGGUGGCUCCUCACUAUUGUUUAUGCAAACCCUUGCCCUGGAAUUCGUGAAGCUUUGUGGAAGUACUUUGAUGGUCUUAUUGAAGCUUCCAAUCUGCCUUGGCUUGUUCUAGGUGAUUUUAAUGAUAUUGUGAGUGUGGAUGAGAAAUGUGGGGGUAAUUUAGACCAAGGUGGUAAAAAGUUUGUUGAGUGGAUUGAUCGUAACCAUUUGGUUGACCUGGGUUUCUCCGGGGCAAAGUUUACUUGGUGUAAUAAACGGAAUGCUGAAGGAAUUAUUUGGAAGAGGCUUGAUAGGGGCCUUUGUAGUAUUGAUUGGCGCCUUCUGUUUCCUGAGGCCCACCUCCUGCAUCUUCCUAGGGUGAACUCGGAUCACUGUCCUAUUUUGGUGCGCCUUGACUCCAAACAUUAUCCUAAUAGAGCAAAUGUGCCUUUUCGUUUCCAAGCCAUGUGGAUGUCUCAUCCUGAUUUUAAGGAAUUUGUUACGAACAUUUGGAGUUCUGGUGAUGGUCAUGCUGUGCACAGAUCAGCUAGGCUCGUGGCUCCGCUUGGCAUUUGGAAUCAGCCGAUUUUUGGGUGUAUAUUUACAAAGAAAAGACAUCUAUUAGCUAGACUUGCAGGAAUUCAAAAGAAGCUUUGUCAUGAGCAUAAUCCUUUCCUUAGUAAGCUUGAGGUUGAGCUUACUAAAGAUUACAAUUUACUACUGGAUCAAGAAGAGACUUUUUGGCUGCAAAAGUCCAGGAAUACCUGGCUUAAAGAAGGGGACAGGAAUACUCGGUUCUUCCAUCUGUCUACAGUUGUUAGGAGAAGAAGGAAUAAGUUGGAAGGGUUACAUGAUGAUUUUGGGGAUUGGGUUAUUGAGAAACAGAGCAUGAAACAUAUUAUUAUUAAUUAUUUUCAAGGGUUGUUUUGUGCUUCUGAUUUGGUUGGUGACUAUGCUUUGCUUCCUCAGUUGUAUCCUAGCCUUGAAGAGGCUGAUCUUGAAGGUCUUACUUGUCCGGUUUCUAUUGAAGAGAUUAAGAAUAGUGUGUUUGCUAUUGGUAGAUUGAAGACCCCUGGACCUGAUGGUUUCCCUGCUCUUUUCUACCAAGAUUAUUGGGGGGUUUGCUCUGAUGAUAUCAUUUCCUUUGUACAGGAUUGCUUUAAUACUGCCACCCUUCCUGAUCAUUUAAAUGAGACUCUGAUUGCUUUGGUGCCUAAAGUGGAGAGGCCUAUGUUUAUGAAUCAGCUUAGGCCUAUUAGCCUUUGCAACACUCUUUAUAAAGUGGUCUCUAAAAUCCUUGUAGCUAGGCUUAGGCCGUGUAUGACUAAGCUUGUCAGCCCUAACCAAGUUAGUUUUGUUCCAGGGAGACAAAUUACGGAUAACAUUAUUGUUGCUCAAGAAGUUCUCCACAAAUUUAAAAAUGCCAAAGGGAAGAAGGGUUUUAUAGCUUGGAAAAUUGAUUUAUCCAAAGCUUAUGAUCGUAUGCAAUGGCCUUUUAUUAGGGAGGUGCUCUGGGAAGUGGGUAUUAAAGGAAGCAUCCUGGAGUUGCUUAUGCAGUGUAUCACUUCUGUGCAGUACAAGGCCAUUCUUAAUGGGGAGCUAACUGACUCUUUCUCUCCUCAAUGUGGUAUUAGGCAGGGGGACCCUCUCUCCCCUUAUAUCUUUGUUUUGUGUAUGGAAAAACUUUCUCAUCUCAUUCAACAAAAGAUUCAUGAUAGAGCUUGGAAGUCUGUUCAGAUUUGUCAAGGAGGUCCUCAUAUUUCCCAUUUAUUUUUUGCUGAUGAUUUAAUCCUUUUUGGGGAAGCUACUAUUGAUCAAGCUUGGUUAAUGAAACAAUGUUUGGAUGAUUUCUGUCAGUUGUCUGGUCAGUGUGUUAGCUUUGAAAAGUCUAUGAUAUGUGUUUCCCCAAAUACAUGCUCUGAUUUGGCUAAUUCAAUCGCUACGAUAAGUGGUUCUCCUCUCACUGCUAGCCUUGGUAAGUACCUUGGUGUCCCUCUUAUCCAUACUAGAGUCAGUAAACAAACUUAUCAAGAGGUUAUUGCUAAAGCCCAAAAGAGAUUAGCUUCUUGGAAGAGCCAUACGUUGUCUAUGGCUGGUAGAAUUACUUUGCUUCAAUCUGUUACUGCUGCUAUUCCUAUCUAUACUAUGCAAACUGCCAAGUUGCCUAUGUCUGUCUGUGAUAAAUUGGAUCAGCUCAAUAGGAAUUUUCUUUGGGGGCAUACCAGUAAUACUUCUAAAAUCCAUCUUGUCAAUUGGGAGCAAGUGUGUAAACCUAAGAUAGUUGGUGGGUUAGGCAUUAAAAGGUCUGCUUGGAUGAACCAAGCUCUUUUGGCUAAGACUGGAUGGAGACUUCUUCAACAUGAGCAAGGCUUGUGGUCUCAGGUCUUCUAUGCUAAGUACUUAAAACACCGAAACAUUUUAACUGUGAAGGACUCUUAUUUCCCUUGUAGCUCUAGUGUUUGGAGGGGUGUUCUUUAUGGUAAUUCUGUCCUUUCCAAAGGUGUUAAGUGGAGAGUUGGGUCUGGGGAUAAUGUGUUAUUUUGGACUGAUAAGUGGUUGAGUUGUGGUCCUUUGUAUCAAUAUUCGCUCAUUGAUCUUUCUGAGGAAAUGCUUCAGCUGAAUGUUGGUGAUUUUUUAGACGAGGGGGUCUGGGACUUUAACUGCUUAAGGGAAUGUCUUCCUUCUCAUAUUAUUCAGUUAAUUUUAAGUGUUCAUGCUGGUUUUAAUGGCAGUGGGGCUGAUAGAUAUAUUUGGCAGUUCACGCCUAAUGGUUCCUUCUCGGUUAAAUCAGCCUAUUGUUCCUUUUUACCUGAUGAGGCUUCAGUUAAAUGGGAUUGGCAGUUUCUUUGGAGGUUGCGGCUCCCUCCUAAGAUUAAAACUUUUCUGUGGAUUGUUUGUCAUCAAAAGUUGCUUACUAAUGUGCAAAGGCAGAAGAGAGGCCUCACUCAAGCUCCUACUUGUCCUAGAUGUGAUUAUCCUAUGGAAACUAUUGCUCACUUGUUUAAGGAUUGCCCUUUAUCUUUGACCAUUUGGAAUUGUCUUCAAAUUGGUAAUAAUCCUAGCCCUGAAAUGGUGGAUUUUAAAGAGUGGCUGUUAAGGAAUCUACAAUCUAAAAGAAAGGUUUAUAAUGGGUUGCCUUGGCCUUUGGUUUUUGCUCUUUAUUUGUGGUUUAUCUGGAAAUGGAGAUGUAAAGGAAUUUUUGAUCAAAGGUUUGUUAUGCCUGGUGAACCACAUCAAUUAAUUCUUCAGUAUGCGUUGGAAUGGUUUAAUGCCACCAAUCUACCUUCCCUUUCUUAUGUGCCGUCUAUUGUUCAACUUCAUUGGAUAGCCCCUACUUAUGGAGUUUGUAAGAUUAACACAGAUGGAAGUCGUAAUUGUGUUUCUGGGCUUAUUAGUGCUGGUGGUCUUUUAAGAGAUAAUUAUGGUGCUUGGAUUAAGGGCUUCUCUGUGAACCUGGGUGUUGGUUCUGUUCUUGAAGCUGAGUUGUGGGGCAUUUUUUGGGGUCUUCAUUUGGCUUGGGAGUCUGGCUUUCGUGUUGUGGAGGUGGAAAGUGACUCUAGUGUGGCUGUGGCUCUUCUUUCUAGCUCUACUAUUUCCACACACCCCCUGUUUAGCCUUAUUAGGUGUUGCAAGUUAAAGGUGCAAGCUGGUUGGAGAUGUUCUGUUAAGCACAUCUUCAGAGAGCAGAAUGUGGCAGCUGAUGUCUUGGCUUCUAAGAGUUCUGAGUUUGGCACUGGGGUGCAGUAUUUUACUGAGGUGCCUACUUUUCUUGCGACUUGUUUGGCUGAGGAUGCUAUUGGGGUGUCCAGGUCCCGUGUUGUUUGUGCCUAG